AUGUUUACUGUGGCGGCGCAGCCCCCGCCCCACGUGACCCGCCCGGCCAAUCGCAGCGCCCGCCGCCGACCGGCCGCGCCGGCCGCGCCCGCAGGCAGCGACACGCGCCGCCCGCCCGCCGCUCCGCCGGAGAGCCCGCACCGGCACCGGGCCGGUACUGCACCGGUACUGCACCGGUACUGCACCGCCGCUCCGCCGGAGAGCCCGCACCGGGACCGGGACCGCACCGGUACUGCACCGCCGCUCCGCCGGAGAGCCCGCACCGGGACCGGGCCGGUACUGCACCGGUACUGCACCGGUACUGCACCGCCGCUCCGCCGGAGAGCCGGCACCGGCACCGGGCCGGCACGGCUCCGGUACUGCACCGGUACUGCACCGCCGCUCCGCCGGAGAGCCCGCACCGGGACCGCUCCGGUACCGGGACCGCCGCUCCGCCGGAGAGCCCCGCACCGGGACCGCUCCGGUACUGCACCGCCGCUCCGCCGGAGAGCCCUCACCGGGACCGCUCCGGUACCGCUCCGGUACUGCACCGCUGCUCCGCCGGAGAGCCCGCACCGGCACCAGCACCGCACCGGCACCGCUCCGGUACCGCACCGGGCCGGGACCGCUGCUCCCCCGGAGAGCCCGCACCGGCACCGCACCGCCCCCUUACCGCUUCUCCCCCCCCGGCCCCGCCCGCUCCUGCCGUGUGCUCAGCAGCCCCUCACACCCUCCCGGCCCGCUCCCAAGCCGCAGUAACUGCUUAACCACCGCUCCAAAGAAGCCUACAGAGGAAAGCCAGGAAGAAACGUAAGCAGGCUUCAAGGGAUUGAGUCCUCUGAAUUCCCAUUCAUUUAAAUGGAAGCACAGAACAGCUGACUUCUAAGGAGUUAACAGACUUUUAAUUGGAUCCAAAAUGAAAAAUUCUACUUCUUUUAAAUAUAAUAAUUCAUUGCUUUAGUGGAGAGGUGUGUAAGAAGAAGGGAUUUUUACAAGAUGCUGACACAGCAGCCCAACUUCACUAACAAAUACAUUAAGGUAAGUGCUAAUGUACCCGUGGGGUAGAUUAUGUCAAAAGCUUUCUUUCUUACUCAAAAUUAAUUUAGGUGAGGCCAGAGUUGGAAGAAAAAUCCACUGGCAAACUGACAGCACUCCUACUAUCAGUGUUUAUGCAACAUGAUUUUUUCCCCCUCUUCUUUUGUUAACCUGAUGAUCUAAUACAGAAUUAGAACUGACACAGAUGAGUCAAUGCCUGAAGUUCUCUGAUGUAAAUACUCCCUGAGGAGUCAGAGCCAGGAAACCCAAACUGAUCAGUGCAUAUAAUCACAUCAUUCAGUGAAGAUAUAGCAGCAUGUAUGUUAAAUUUCAAGAACUUGGUAAUUAUUUUUAAGUACCAUGCAUUUAUGAGAAGUAUUUGGUUAAGAAGCACUGUGAUAAUUUUAAAUUUAAGAGGGAAAAUUAAAACUCAAGCACCGUGUUUCCUGGUGAAGUUAUAGUCAAAAUAAUAGCUUCCGUAUUUCAUGACCAAGAACUUGACAGUAGCUAAUGACCCUUUCUUUCAUGAAGAUAGCUCCUAAAGAUUCCAUUUUCAGAAGGUAUUACUGACAUAGAACACUUCAUGAAUGCUUGAUAUUUUUUAGGCCUUUCUUCCCCUUUUUUGGUUACAUUCACAACUAAAAAAGAACUGAGAAGCACUUUGAAAAAUAACUAUAUGUGUAUAGAAGAGGCAUCAUAAAGCAGACCUUUUAUAUAAUAAGCUCUUGUUUCUGAAGGCAGACAAUCUUUCAUCAUUCCAUCUGUCCAAAUAGCAUCCAAUCACAAAUCCUAAGGGAACCAGGAUGUGAACCCAGUGUUCACGCACGGCUUGGGCGAAAUUCACCAUGA